GGAGGGGGCGAUGGGGCAGUGGUUGGAGGCUACGCUACGGGGGGAGGAGAUGAAUGAUGUGGUGGAAAGUGAUUCGGCGGAGAGGGUGUUGUGGACCCGGUUCGGCGGGGAACUUCCGGAGUUGCAAAUGCAGGAGUCGGAAACGUCGAUUAUCCGACACGGCGGCCGCGUGAAAGAUCUUGCAGCGCUGUCGGUGGAAGCACUGCUGGCGAUGGACAGUGUCCUCAAGUAUUCGAGCAAGAGCAAGAAACCGGUCGGCAAGGGACCCAGGGGGAUAAAGCCGGCCAAGCACCGGCCAAGCGGGACCUGGAGCAAAGCGGCGACCGGGAGCAAGUCGGCGACCUGGACUAAGGCGGCGGCUGUUUCAUGGGCGAGAAUGGCGAAGGCACGGGCCGCGAAGGCGAAGAGUGACAUGUUGAGUGUUGAGAAGCUGUUGGUUAUGGACAAUAGUCUCUGGACGACUGCAAAAUCAUCAUCCGCCAAAAAUCCAACCCCCACUGCUGCAUCAAGUACCACUCCGAGAAAGACUCCUACGAAACGGUCAAAAGCAUCAUCGUCAGCACAAACUGCUACAUCAGCUACCACUCCGAAAAAGACACCUGCGAAACGGUCAAAAGCCUUAUCGUCAACACCAACUCCUACAUCAGCUGCCACUCUGGAACAGACACCGGCCUCAAAGCCUACGACACGAUCAGAAGCAUCAUCGUCAACACCAACACCAACACCAACACCAGAGGCCGCCCCAGCCUCCCCACCACCAACACCUCCGCCAACACCACCCGCAACCGCAAAAUCGAAUCCCUGGGCUACCGUCGUUAAGACGAGCCCCAAACGUGCAGCGGCAAUCAAAACGGCUUCAAUCAAGGCAGCUGCAACCAAAGGAAGCAAAGGAAGCAAGGCUGCUGCAGCCAAAGCAAAUAAAGAAAGCAAGGCAGCGGCAAAGGCAGCGGCAAAGGCAGCGAAGAAGCCGAAGUGGUGAGGAGAAGCUUGCAAGUCAAGUAAAAUAAUCAAUCGAGACCUGGAUUUAAGGAAUAAUCUGUACAUAGAGUGGAGUGUCUCAAUGAGACGAGACGAGACUUGAUAUGAUUAGGGCGCGCUGCCCAUGAUGUAUAUAGAUAUAUGAUAGGGAGGUUGGCG